AUGGGAAGUUUGUCAAGUUCUCGGACUUUCUGGAAUUUGAAUGCCGCAUUUAUGGCGAAGUCAUUAGGAUUUGAUGUUCUCGAGUCCCUAACCACUGCCUUAAAUGAUGCUGGCUAUAAUAAUCAAACUACCAAGGAAGUCAUGAUCCAGUCAACAGAUAGUGCUGUUCUUGUGAAAUUGAAGCAGCAGAAAGCAAAAUACAAGCUUGUUUACACUCUCCCGUCAGGCAUUGGGUCUGCUUCUGUUUCCUCGCUAACAGAUGUUAAGGAGUUUGCUGAGGCUGUAGUUGUCGACAGGAGUUCUUUCUUUGCACAAAGUGUGCAUUUUAUCAUCAACCACACCAGCCUUUUGACAGAUCUGCAGUCCGCAGGACUAACGGUAUACGCGCAGGUGUUCCGCAACGAGUUUGUAUCACAACCUUGGGACUUCUUCGGAGAUGAAACAGUGGAAAUUAAUAGCUAUGCCCAGUCGCUUAAAGUCGAUGGCUUAAUCACUGACUUCCCCAAGACAGUGAGGAGAUACAAGAGGAAUUCUUGUACGGGUUUGGGAAAUGACGUGCCCUCCUACAUGGGGAACGUUACUGUCGGUGGCCUGGCGCAACUACUCAAGAAUCAAGCCGCUCCUCAGGCCCAGCCGCCAUCUGUGGCACCAAUGCCAAAAUUGGACGCAUCAAGCGUGCAGCAGCCGCCAUUCCCCCCUGUCGCGCCCAAGAAUGCACCUUUUGGUGCCGGCCCACCUCCUGGUUCAUCGCCUUCUGCUGCUCACAAGACGGCUGUAAGCACCUGCAUUCUGCUGGUAGUGGCAUGUGCAACUCUUCUGCUUUGA